AUGAGCGAUCAGAAAGUGAUUUAUUCCACCCUGAGAUUUCUUCAGUCUCCUUCAGAGUCACAAAAUAGAAUAAGGCCAGGUAGGACUCAAAGGCCUGGGAAAACUGAUGACAAAGAGUUUUCAGUGCCCUGGCAUCUCAUUGCAGUGAUUCUUGGGAUCCUCUGUUUACUACUAUCGGUGACAGUUGCAGUGUUGGGGACAAAGAUUUUUCAGUAUAUUCAAGAAAACCAUCAGCAGAGGGAAAAGAUAAGAAAUUUGAGUCAAGAGUACCAAAUUGUGCAAAAUGACAGCUACUUCAAGGAGCAACUUUUGACAAAUAAGAUUUUGGAAUGUAACAGUCGUGAAAAUGAAAGUCUUCAGCAGAAAAUGAAGCAGGAUUUUAUAGAAAGGACAUGCCAGAGAAAAAAUAUAGGCAAACUCUAUGAAAGCGACUGGUCCUGUUGUGGAAUAAAGUGUUACUAUUUUAUUCCUGAAUAUAAAAACUGGAAGGGAUGUAAACAGACAUGCCAAAGCUAUAAUUCAUUUCUUCUGAAGAUAAAUGAACAAGAUGAACUGACCUUCAUUCAAACCCAAACUUAUAGGAAUUACUACUGGAUUGGAUUAUCAUAUAAUCGAGGAGAAAGAAAAUGGAAAUGGAUUGACAGUGACCCACUUUUGGGGAUGCACUAUGCAUUCAUGAAUAUUUCUGGGAGAGGACAAUGUGCAUUUUUAUCUUCAACAAGAAUAACAAAUGCUGAGUGCUCCCAGAUGUACAAUUGUAUCUGUGAGAAGACAAUUGGUGAUAUUUUCUUUCCCUGCUUCAAUAAUUAUAAGAAAAGAUGAGAUAGAAUUUUGUAAUUUUUUUUGUUUG